AUGUUCAUCGCGCGAUCGGAAUAUGACCGUGGAAUUAACACCUUCUCCCCCGAAGGGCGUUUAUUCCAGGUCGAAUACUCUCUUGAAGCUAUCAAACUAGGUUCGACAGCGAUCGGUGUCGCAACCAACGAAGGCGUCAUCCUGGGCGUUGAGAAACGUGUCACAUCUACUCUUCUUGAAGCCUCUUCCGUCGAAAAGAUUGUUGAGAUUGAUCAGCACAUCGGCUGUGCUAUGUCCGGCCUGCAGGCAGAUGCCCGGAACCUCGUCGAGCAUGCCCGCGUUGAGUGCCAAAACCAUGCCUUCCACUAUGCCGAACCACUGCGAGUUGAGAGCUGCACCCAGGCCAUUUGCGAUUUGGCCUUGAGAUUCGGAGAGACAGGGGAUGAUGAGGAAAGCGUGAUGAGUAGGCCUUUCGGUGUUGCUUUGUUAAUCGCAGGUUUCGAUGAGGAUGGCCCUCAACUAUAUCAUGCCGAGCCAUCCGGUACAUUCUACCGAUAUGAUGCGAAGGCCAUUGGAUCCGGAAGUGAGGGUGCGCAAGCGGAACUGCAGAACGAAUAUCACCGCUCCCUCACUCUAGAAGAAGCGGAGACACUGGUCCUCAAGACACUGAAGCAGGUCAUGGAGGAGAAGCUGGAUGCAAAGAACGUUCAGCUUGCCAGUGUGACCAAGGAGAAGGGUUUCCGUAUUUACAAUGAUGAGGAGAUGGGACGGGCUGUUGCAACCUUGGGUGGUAAUCAAUAA